AGAUCACGACGCUGUGUCUUCUUCUUGCUCCCGCGCCGCCGCGCAAUUUUUUCGCCCGGAAUUCGCAAAUGUGUUGUAUUUUGUUUAAUUUUGUUUAGCUGAAUUUACGUUUCCAUUUGCACAUCCCGACCGACUCUGGUGGAUCAAAACGCAAGAUGAGCUUCGUGCUGGACAAGGAGGCGUUUGUGCGCCGCGUAAAGCGCCUUUACACUGAAUGGAAGGCUCCCAGCACCGGACACGAUGACUCGCUCAGCAACCUAGACUGCCUCAUGAGCGUGGUGGGCACCGACGACGAUGUGAUCUACGCCAAGUCCAUGUCCCUGCAGCUCUGGCUGCUUGGCUACGAGCUUACAGACACCAUCUCAGUGUUUGCAUCGGACGCCAUAUACUUUCUCACCAGCAAAAAGAAGAUCGAGUUCCUGAAACAGACCCAAAACAUAACCGAGGAGGGAAUGCCAGAGAUCAAGCUCCUUGUGAGAGACCGGACUGACAAGGAUAAGGGAAACUACGACAAGCUGAUCAAGGUGAUUCAGAACUCAAAGAAGGGAAAGCGCCUGGGUGUCUUUACCAAGGACGCCUAUCCGGGCGAGUUCAGUGAGGCCUGGAAGAAGUCCCUGAUGGAUGCCAAGUUCGAUCAUGUGGACAUCAGCACCAUCAUAGCAUAUCUCAUGUGUCCCAAGGACGAGACAGAGAUCAACAACAUUCGCAAAGCUUCUCUGGUGUCCAUGGACAUCUUCAACAAGUAUCUCAAGGAUGAAAUCAUGGAUAUUAUCGAUUCUGAUAGGAAAGUGAAGCACGUGAAGCUGGCUGAUGGCUGCGAGACGGCCAUUGGAGAGAAAAAGUAUACCAGCGGACUGGACCCACGACUGCUGGACAUGGCCUACCCACCGAUAAUCCAGUCGGGCGGAAACUAUAGCUUGAAGUUCUCCGCAGCUGCUGACAAGAAUAUCUUGCAUUUUGGCGUCAUAGUUUGCUCGCUGGGGGCACGGUACAAAUGUUAUUGCUCCAAUAUCUCGCGAACAUUCCUCGUCAACCCCACCGACGCCAUGCAGGAGAACUACACAUUUCUGGUAAAUGUGCAGGAAGAGAUUCUUAAGCUGCUGGUGCCGGGCGCCAAACUUUGCGAUGUAUACGAGAAGACGGUGGCCUUCGUCAAGAAGGAGAAGCCCAACAUGGUGGAAAAUCUUACCAAGAGUUUUGGCUUUGCCAUGGGCCUGGAAUUCCGUGAAAACUCAAUUGUGAUCGGACCGAAAUGCCAAGCGUUGAUAAAGAAGAACAUGGUGUUCAACCUCCAUGUGGGCAUCUCGAAUCUGACCAAUCCCGACGCCACCGAUAAGGAGGGCAAGACGUACGCUCUGUUUAUCGGAGAUACCGUUCUGGUAGGUGAGACGUCUCCCGCCAGUGUGAUGACUCCCUCGAAAAAGAAGAUCAAGAAUGUGGGCAUCUUCAUUAAGGACGACAGCGAGGAGGAGGAUGUCGACGAUAAGAAAGCAACUAAGGAAGAUCAAGGCACCGAAAUUCUUGGCCGGAGCAAGCGUAACGCUGUCCUCGAGUCGAAGCUGCGGAAUGAAAUCAACACUGAGGAGAAGCGCAAGGAGCAUCAGCGGGAGCUGGCCCAGCAGCUCAACGAACGCGCCAAGGAGCGUCUGGCUAAACAGGGAAACUCCAAGGAGGUUGAGAAGGUUCGAAAAAACACAGUGUCCUACAAAUCCAUCAGCCAAAUGCCCCGAGAGACGGAUGUCAAGGAACUGAAGCUGUUUGUGGACAAAAAAUACGAGACUGUCAUCAUGCCCGUGUUCGGCAUCCAGGUGCCGUUCCACAUUUCCACCAUCAAAAAUAUAUCCCAGUCGGUGGAAGGCGAGUACACGUACUUGCGAAUCAACUUCUUUCACCCGGGUGCCACAAUGGGACGUAACGAGGGCGGACUCUAUCCUCAGCCGGAGGCCACUUUUGUGAAGGAAGUCACUUAUCGGAGCUCUAAUGUGAAAGAACACGGCGAAGUAGCUGCUCCCUCGGGCAACUUAAACAACGCCUUCCGACUCAUUAAGGAGGUACAGAAGCGCUUCAAGACUCGGGAGGCAGAGGAGCGCGAAAAAGAGGAUCUGGUGAAGCAGGACACCUUGAUUCUGUCGCAGAACAAGGGCAACCCCAAGCUCAAGGAUCUUUAUAUCCGUCCCAAUAUUGUCACAAAACGUAUGACUGGAAGCUUGGAGGCGCACACCAAUGGAUUCCGCUACAUCUCUGUGCGCGGCGACAAGGUGGACAUCCUCUAUAACAACAUCAAGAGCGCCUUUUUCCAGCCUUGCGACGGGGAAAUGAUUAUCCUGCUCCACUUCCACCUCAAGUACGCCAUUAUGUUCGGCAAGAAGAAGCACGUGGAUGUACAAUUCUAUACGGAGGUGGGUGAGAUCACCACGGAUUUGGGAAAGCACCAGCACAUGCACGACCGUGACGAUCUGGCGGCCGAGCAGUCUGAGCGCGAGCUGCGCCACAAGCUCAAGACGGCGUUUAAGAGUUUCUGCGAGAAAGUGGAGGGCAUGACGAAGAGUGUGGUGGAGUUUGAUACUCCAUUCCGUGAACUGGGAUUCCCGGGAGCCCCCUUCCGUAGCACAGUGACGCUGCAGCCCACCUCCGGAUCGUUAGUGAACCUCACCGAGUGGCCACCAUUUGUGAUCACCCUGGACGAUGUCGAGUUGGUGCACUUUGAGCGCGUCCAGUUCCAUCUGCGGAACUUCGACAUGAUAUUCGUGUUCAAGGAGUACAACAAAAAGGUGGCCAUGGUCAAUGCCAUCCCCAUGAACCUGCUGGACCACGUUAAGGAGUGGCUCAAUUCCUGCGACAUUCGCUACUCGGAAGGUGUCCAGUCUCUUAACUGGGUGAAGAUCAUGAAGACCAUUACAGACGAUCCCGAGGGAUUCUUCGAUCAGGGCGGUUGGACUUUCUUGGACCCCGAAUCGGGUAGCGAGGACGAGAACGAGACUGCCGAGUCUGAGGAAGAUGAGGCCUACAACCCCACAGAUGCCGACUCGGACGAGGAGUCGGACGAAGAUGAUUCCGAAUACUCUGAGGCCUCCGAAGAUGAGAGCGACGAAAGCGAUGAAGACCUCGGAUCGGAUGAAGAGUCCGGCAAGGAUUGGUCUGACCUGGAGCGCGAAGCCGCCGAAGAGGAUCGCAACCAUGAUUACAAUACCGAUGAUAAACGGAACGGAAAAUACGAGUCCAAGAAACACAACAAAAGCUCAAAGCACAGUCGCCGCGAACGCGAGGAGCAGCGAUCGUCGUCGUCGCACAGUAAAAAGCAUAAGUCGAACUCCUCUUCCUCCUCUUCGCAUUUAAAAUCCUCCAGCUCCAAACAUGGCAGCUCAUCUAGCCCAUCGAAAUCGUCCAAGGACAAGUACCAAAGCCGAGACAAGCAUCAUUCCUCCUCAUCGGGACACAAGAGCAGCAGCAAGGACAAGGAUCGCAAGCGCUCGCGGGAUGACAGCCGCGACAAUGGUCACAAGUCGAAGAAAUCGCGACACUAAAAUACUUCAAUCCCUUUGUUAUCCCUCAUUGUCAAAUCUGUUUAAAAAGGAUCACAAUCCCCGAACCACCACCACCACCACCACUCCCAUUCUCGCU